GAGUUUUCACCACUGAUUCUUUCCAAUUAUUACCAUCAUGGCGGAGAUCUUCGGCGCAGUCGUAGGGGGGGUAGCUCUUUCGACCCAGCUUACGCAAUGCGGUAAAAAAAUUCGGAAGGCCAUAAAGAAGAUCAAAAGCUCGCGACGAGAUAUCUCAGAGCUCGCAGAUGAUACCGUCAUUUUUGCUGGCUUGUGCGAGGGCUUUUUGCGUGCAUGUGCUGACGGGCGCGAAGCACAUAUUGGUAGAUCCUCGUCGAUUGGAUCUCUAAACAUCUGGAUCAAGAAGACAUUGGCCGGGCUGCACGAGCUUCUGCGGAAGGUGGAGGCGUUGAAGCAUGACCCAAGAUAUCGUUCAUGGCAAGACACGCUCAUUGCGUACCUGGAGUGGUUCUUCAGCACAUCAUCGGUGAAACACCUCCGGGCGAAUAUGGCUGUCGCAAGAGAGAGCAUAAACGGAUUCAGCAAUCUUAUGUGCAUCCAAAAGCUCAAUGAGGAGUUGCGAAUGCUAAGAAUUGCUCUGACACGACCUAUGUCCCGUGCAGAGAUUGAACGGAACUUGCGCCUGGAAAUCGAAGAAAAAAUUGACUUAGUCAAACAAGCAAUUAAGAUAAAGAACUCUGUACAUCGUACGAGGACAAGACAGUUAAGAGCUGCCACGAGAAAUAUCACGCAAAACCAGCCCAAAGGUCACUCCAUCGAUUUUGUGUCUGCUCCGACUGAACUGCUUCGGUUUACAACGUCGCUCGACACAUUUGCAGAGGAAGUACUAUCUUCACGCCAAUCAAGCCGCCGGACCAACAGUUCUCGAGCAUCAGACUAUAUAAGCACUAUUUCUGAGCCAUCGACUUCUACGCCUCAAAGGCCAUCCAUGCCAGCAACAACAUCUGGAAUUAACAUCGAAACGAGUUCCUCAAUUAGUACCGUUUCCACCAAUUCGAAUCAGACUCCUAUCCUUGAUCCUAGCUCGAUAUCAAGCGCACCGGCCAUAUAUGAUGAUACCCCUGAGCCUAGAUCCAGCCAUAAAUCCGCGAAUAAGCCGAUAUAUAGCAGUGGCGGGACAGUCGAGCGCUUUGACAUGAGAGCAAGAGAGUACAUCAACGACCCCGACGGCACCAUUCUGAGUCCACCAAAGGUGAAACCCCACUAUGCAUCUACAUCUAUACGGAAGGAAACGCAAAUUGGACGACAUACUAUCACAUUGGACGCUACGGAGUUCACCAUGAACACUCACUCACUACGCGUGGACAACUAUGAAGUCGGGCUGAAGUUCUUCCAAACCCUCAAGGAGCAUCAGGAUAAACUCGACAGGCUGGAUCAAGUACUUGGUAAGGGCGAUGAGUAUUGGUAUGGUAUUCCUGAUUGGGUGAUAACACCUACCGGAGUGACGAUGCAAGCGACUGCUCUUGGGAUACGCGAUGUUUGAAUCGGAGCUGCGUCUCAUUAGGAAGACAACAAGCCAAACUGCCCUCGCGCGAACACCAAGGCCAUACUCUUUGAGACUUCCCUCAGAAGCUACUCAUCACGUGCUGGCUUGGUGGCGCUGCUUUCUGGUAGAGAGUAACGUUAGCCGGUCGGAUCUGCAUUUCUCCAUCGCGGU